CCUCGCCAAAAGGCAUCAGAACCAUCGCGAUGCACCCAGCUCCUCCCCGCUGACCACCCUAUGCCCGUGCUCGUGCUCAUGCCCAUGCCCAUGUGUAUUCUAUGUACGUGUGUAGAUACCGUAUGCAUGCACUCCACAUUCCUGAAGUGCAAUUUUGCUUCUGCUAGACGCCACCUUGACGCAUUGGGACUUAUAGUUUUCUCGCCCCGCAACUGCACCGUAAGCCCGCUGUCCAUGGGUUCAGCCGCGCGGAUCAUAUCUCUAUCUACUAUCAUACUCCAUGUUUUGCUCGGUAGUAACUAGAUCUCGCAUGCAUCCCAUCCCCUCCCAUCCCCUCCC